AUACAGGAGCCCUGAGCAGACUCCAGAGUUUCUAGCGGCGGAGUGAGGAGAGAGUACAACAGGAUAGCUUUUUAACCCGGCAAACUGUAAGGGUUUGGCGAAAGACACCCGUUUAUCGCCGUGACCAGUGUCGUGGAGUUGUAAUCCAACGAUCUGGACAUCAAGACUUAAAAGCAGCUUUCCCGGAUUCGUUACAGUUCGCCCGCUCGCUAUAAACAAGUUCCUUGGAUUCUGUGAACGGGACCGUUCAGCAAACCACCUUGACGUUUGGCUACAUAGCUAGCUUGCUAGCUGGCUAGCCGACUUUUGGGAAAUGUUUCAACAUACAGUAAGGUUCUGCUGUGCAGCUUAGAACACAGAACGCCUUUGAGAAACCAGGGAACAACUUGGUGUCAAUACUCUAAGGGGCCUCAGCCCUUGGACCCAUUGUAAAACCAGGGAGGACAUCCUUUUCAAAGUGAAGAGCAGAAAGAAACCAGGUUGCAGCACUUAUGUUCUGUCUGGCCACCUGUGGCGCGUGCUUCAAAAUGGAAUGAAAGCGCGCCCUUACCUUCUGUGAGGUUGCGAUUGCUGGAUUGCACGGCGGAUCGCUGACGGCCUGCCGGGGACGGCCGCAUCUGGCGUUUGAUCUGCCCGUGGCAUCGGCUGGUCUAGGGGGAGUGGGUGCCGGCGGAAGAGGGAGGGGGUGAGAGCCGGGGAGAGCUUCAUGAGGUGACCCGCAGCAUGGCUGUGUGAGGCGACACCUGAGCGCAUGCGACUGGACACUGGCGGAGUUCCGAUCGAGACGCUGGGACCAUGGGCAAGGAGCAGGACCUGUUGCAGGCGGUCAAGAACGGAGACCUGCCCUCCGCCCAGAAGCUCUUGGCUAAGGUCAAGGCCAAUCGAAGCAAGUUAUUGGGCUCCACAAAGAGACUGAAUAUCAACUAUCAAGAUUCAGAUGGGUUUUCGGCGCUGCACCACGCAGCUCUCACGGGCACCACGGACCUCAUCUCCCUCCUGCUGGAGGCCCAGGCUACGGUGGACAUCAAGGACAGCAACGGAAUGCGCCCGCUGCACUACGCGGCCUGGCAGGGCAAGGCCGACUCGGUGCUGAUGCUGCUGCGCGCCGGUGCCUCCGUCAACAGCUCCUCGCAGGACGGACAGAUCCCGCUGCACCUGGCCGCCCAGUACGGCCACUACGAGGUGUCUGAAAUGCUGCUCCAGCACCAGUCGAACCCCUGCAUUGUCAACAAGGCCAAGAAGACGCCACUGGACCUGGCCUGUGAGUUCGGGAGGCUGAAGGUUGCUCAGCUGUUGUUGAGCAGUAACAUGAUUACAGCUCUGUUGGAGGGGGAGAGGAGGGACAGUUCUGACUCUGGCUUCAACACUCCACUCCAUCUCGCCGCCCGCAACGGUCACAAGGACAUCAUCAGGUUGCUGCUGAAAGCCGGCAUUGACAUCAACAGGGCCACCAAGGCUGGCACCGCCUUGCACGAGGCCGCCCUCUAUGGGAAGACGGAAGUAGUGCGACUGCUGCUGGACGCUGGAAUCGAUGUUAACAUCCGCAACACCUACAACCAGACAGCACUGGACAUUGUCAACCAGUUCACCACUUCACACGCCAGCAAAGACAUCAAGCAGCUCCUGCGAGAUGCUACAGGAGUCCUGCAGGUGAGAGCGCUAAAGGACUACUGGAACCUGCACGACCCCACGGCGCUCAACAUCCGGGCAGGGGACAUUAUCAUGGUCCUGGAGCAGCACAUGGACGGACGCUGGAAGGGCCACAUCCACGACAGCCAAAAGGGCACGGACCGCGUCGGCUACUUCCCUCCUUCCAUCGUGGAGGUCAUUAGUCGCCGAUCAGGGGGCACCCUCUCCCGGCACUCUUCCUUGCCCACCCAGCGGCAGCAGUUCCUGUCCAGAGCCCCCCCUGCCUCCAGUUUGAGUACCGUCCCACAGACUGACGACUCCUACACCCUGUACGCACCCCCCCCUCACCUUGCCUUCCCCCGUGCCAACGGCCUGGACGACAACACAGGUACGCCACCCGACAGCCCCAGCCUCCUCUCUGAGCCAGCUAGUCCCAGUGAGGAUAUAUGGGUCCUCAGGAACUCUCUCCCUGCCGGUGACAGGAACAGCGUUGGCAGCACGGGCAGCGUGGGCAGCACCCGCAGUGCUGGCAGCGGGCAGAGCACCGAGAGCAACAGCAACCACAACGGACCACACCAGUCUGCUGGACUCCCAGACCCAAACAAGCCAGCGCCCCCUGUUGGUGAAGCAGGGCAGCAGUUCAGCACAGGCUCUGACCCCAGCAAACAGCCGGAUCUGCCUCAAGGGCCCCCGCGCCGGAGUCUGAACAGCAUGCGUCCCGGGGAGCAGGGCUUCUCCCAGCAGUUCAUCCGUCCCGAGCAGCUGCUGGAGGGCAGAGAUGCCGAGGCCAUCUACCAGUGGCUGAGCGAGUUUCAGCUGGAGCAGUACACCAGCAACUUCAUCAACGCCGGCUACGACGUGCCCACCAUCAGCAGGAUGACCCCAGAGGACCUUACUGCCAUCGGGGUGACCAAGCCAGGCCAUCGCAAGAAGAUCUCCAUGGAGAUCGGCAACCUGACCAUUCCUGAAUGGCUACCAGACUACAUCCCGUCUGACCUGGGUGAGUGGCUCAGUGCCAUCGGACUGCCUCAGUACCACAAGAAGCUGUCGGAGAACGGCUACGACUCCAUCAGCAUUGUGCGGGACAUCACCUGGGAGGACCUGCAGGAGAUCGGCAUCACGAAGCUGGGGCACCAGAAGAAAAUGAUGCUGGCAGUGAAGAAGCUGUGUGACAUACAGAAGGCCCGUAACCAGGCGGAGGGACAGGGGACUUUGAGACGGAAGCUUCCGGGCGCCCUGGAGCUGGUGGCAAUUGAGCCGCCGGAGAGCGGGGACUGCCCCUCGCCCCACACGCCCAAGAUGCUGACGUUCCAGGACAGUGAGCUGAGCGCCGAGCUCCAGACUGCCAUGUCCAGCAACUAUAGCGGCUGCCAGGAGGGGCUGGCCAUGAAGAGCGCGGCGGCCGCCAUGUCCGUCAGCCAGGAGAGCAUCGGCACGCGGUCCCGGGGCUCGGGCCACUCCCAGGAGCCCCCGCUGGCCUCGGCCGCGCCCCACAGCCGCUCCCAGGAGAGCCUGGGCAGCGGCGACAGCAGCGGGGGCCGGUCCUCCGGCAGCCCGGGGAAGGAGCGGAACAUUCCGGAGGGCUGGGACCAGCGCCAGGUCCUGCCCUGCAAGAUGGCGCUGCUGCAGCAGAGCCCUGCUACCCUCACACCGCCGCACACUCCCAGCAAGACGCCCGGGUUCGCUUACCCAGCACUGCCCUCCAAGCCCAAGCCCAACACCUCCCCGGUGCUGCCUUACCACGGCGCCCUGCCCCAGGGCAGCCCCGCGCAGAAGGGCUUCAGCUACCUGCACUCGCACUGCGGCAGCACCAACCUGGAGCGCAGCCCGCUAGCCAAGGCCCUGCCAGUCAACGGCGACGUCCUGAGGCCCAAGAAGCGCACCCAGAGCCUCACGCGCUACGCGCUGUCGGACGGGGAGCCGGACGAGGACGAGGCGCCGCCCGCGCCCUCGGGGGCCCUGGCGUCAUACGCCACCCUCACCCGCCGCCCGGGCCGCAGCCAGCUCGCCCGCCUGCAGACCACCACAGAGCGUAACGUCAGCCGCAGCCAGUCCUUCGCCAUCCGCGCCCGCAAGAAGGGCCCGCCCCCGCCGCCGCCCAAGCGGCUGAGCUCGGUGAGCAGCAGCGCCAGCCCCGAGCCGCCCGAGCUGUCGCCAGCCGGCGUGGCCGGGGCCGUGGCCGGGGGCGGGGUGGAGACGGAGAGCACGGGCAGCGUGAGGAGCAUCACUGCCAUGCUGGAGACCACUGGGGGCAGCCCGGUAAAGGGUCCAACGCCGGCUCAUUCCGACAAGCCCAGAGCCCAGCAGGAGCCAGCCAGCUCUCCCAAGCCCUCCUCCCCCGUGCCCCCGCCCAAACCGGCGCUGUUGGCCCCCCGCGAGCCUGCAGGGGGCAGGAGGAGGACGGUGAGCGAGCCCGGCGCCUGUGAGACGGACAAGGCCGAGGUCGACGGCGGGGUGAAGUCCGACACCGAGGAGGAGGGCAGGAGCGUCCCGGGGCUGGACGGCUCCUCGUCGCCUCAGAACAGCUCCAGCGAGUGCAUCCCCUUUGCCGAGGAGGGCAACCUCACCAUCAAGCAGCGGCCCAAAACCGGCGGGCCGCUCAAACCCGAGCCCUCCACCGACGCCGCCGAGAAACCCCGCAAGGAGCUGGAAGUGCCCGAGUUCAACCUGAAGGAGUCAGACACGGUGAAGCGCAGACACAAGCCCAAGGACAAGGAGCAGCCUCCUCCUGAGGAGACCGCGCUGGCAGGGGAGGGAGGCACGGCGCUCCCGGCCCCGCCCGACUCCGCGGGGAGUGCGCCGGACUUCCAGAGCGACGACGACGUCAGCCUGAGGAUCGCCGAGAUCGAGAGGAGCCUGCAGUGCCUGGAGAAGGGGGGCUCCGCUGGGAAGCCCCUCAAACCUCCCGUCUCCCCGAAACCUGCCAGCCCCCAGAAACCCGCCACUGCCGCUAAACCCCUCCAGCACGCGUCGCCCACAGCAGCAGCUCCCGGUGUGAGUCUCAGCGUGGUGCAGAGUGUGGCCUUCGCCUCCCCCUCCCCCUGCAGUCCCCUGUCCCCGUCUGCGCCCGCUCUCUGCCAGCCGGCCAAGGCAGGAAAGCCCCAGGCCUGCGUCUCGGGCCCGGAGCCAGGCCCGGGCUCAGUGCUGGUGCACAGGCGCCUGGAGCAGACCAGCACCUCUCUGGAGGCCGCGCUGAAGGCCGUGGAGCGGAAGCUUAUUCUGGAGGACAACAACGACGGUGGCACCAACACGGUGAAGUCUGCCGGGAACAUUCUGGAUGACAUCGGCAACAUGUUUGACGACCUGGCCGACCAGCUAGAUGCCAUGCUGGACUGACCCCCCUUCCCCCCCUUCCGGCCGGCUGACCCGGACUCCACCCGUUUCCCCGGCAGCAUGUGGACCAGCCCCUGCUCUCUCUGAGGGAGCGUGACUGCAGGAGGCCAGGGGCUGCACCCGAACGCCCCGCCCAAGAUCUCCCCUUCAAGACCGUCACCCGCCACCGACAGCCCCGCAUCUCCAAGCCUGCCCACCCUGUACCCCCACCACGUGUGACUGGCGGCUCCCUAUGGCAGCUCAAACAGGACGAGGAGCGCGCUGUAAAGAGGGCUGUGGAAGGUGCCGGUUUCUCCCUUUCGGACUCAAGAAUCAAACUGACAAGAGUUCCACAUCUGCCAUCGUUCACCUCCUUCCUUAAACGCGAGCACUUAAGACUACUGUACCCAACUGCAUUGUGCUAUGAUGGGAUCAGAGCCGUUUCUGGCGUCAAUACAGGGAUUGUGAUGUUGUGUAACACAGCAUGUUCAGUGUCUGCCUUUAGCACGGGCACAGACUGGCUCUCAAGGGUUUCCCGGCUGGAGUCACGAUCGACCAGCAGUGGAGCCACCCUCUCUUCAGCCGGCUUGCGUGGUCAUUGGCAUUUCAUUCUGUUGCUAGUCGUUACCAAUGACCUUUACCUUGCUGGCUGCUUUCAGUGUGCAAUUCAUUGCGUAACACUUGACCCUCCCCAUUGAGAAUGUGCAACCGGCCACAGAAAGGACAGGUGUGCGCCGGAAAACCAGGGUCCAUAUUUCCUGCUUCGAUCUGCUCUACUGAAAGCAUGCAUGGAGAGCACUGUACAAGGAAUAGGAAGUAAAGUUCCUAGACUAAACGUUGUUAAGAUUGUUCUGACGCUGUACACGUUUACAGCUUUGACGGCAUCCUUUCUGCUUGUUUUAUUCCGCACCGGUGGUUUGCUUGUAAUUUGUACAAGUAAUUGGGCCUGUUUCAUUAUAGAAACCCUGUCUGCAUGUUCCCUUUAAACACAGCUGGCAAAAGGUGAGGGAUUUCUCUCAUUUUUCAAAGCAACAGGGAGUUGGAGGUUUAACAUUGCGUGAGUGAUGGGGGUCUCCUUUCAUCCUUUCAGGCUAUGUAAAACAUGUAUAUUUGCAUAAUGGUUUUGUUCUAACAAAGGGAAGCAUCCAU